CUGGGGUGGGGGGUGGGAGGGGAAUCCGCCUUAACUCUUCUGUCACCUCUCUGAUCCUAGUCCCUUCCCCACAGACCGUGGCGGCUGACACCCACCCACGCCCUUCUCAAAUGCAGGUGGCAGAGACCCUUCCAUUCCCCAGGGACCUAUCGGGUCCCCUUUACCCUCUUGACCAAGGCUGUUGGAUUCUAGGCCCCUUAGAGUAUUGAGUUCCUUCCCUUCACCCCCUUUUCCUCCCUCUCCUUUCAUAGACCCGGGGUCCAGGCCACCAGUGCCCUCCUUCUUAGGACUCAGGAGUCCCAGAUCUGAGGCCCUUCCUCCCCCAGACCUCAGGAGCACUGUGGCCUCCCACGCAUCUCAGGACAGAGCCCUAAAUGCGUCCUCCCUCACACCCAGGAGUCUGCGCUCCCAGCCGCCUCCUCCCCCAGGAUCCAGAAGUUAUGGCCCAAGGCCGCUCCCAUCUCUAAGUUCCUCAGGCCCUUUCCCUGCUGCGUUCACAUGCAAGGGACGCCUCCUGACCUCCACUCUGACCCUGCCUCCUGUGGGGGCCCUGCUGUCCCCGCCAGUCCAGGUCCCCAUCCCAGCCUUGGCAAUGACCCUGGCGGCUUCCUCCCAGCGCUCCCAAAUCAUUCGCUCCAAGUUCCGAUCUGGCCAGGCUCUUGGACACUCCCUUCCCGCCUUUCUCCUCCCACCUCCCUCCACAGUCCUCCAGCUUCGGAUCCACAGACGCUAUCAGGACACGAAUCCAUGGAUCUCAGCCGCAGACCCGGCUCUGGCUCCGGCCCCAGCCUCACCCUCGAGCCCAGCGCCUUUCCUCUUCAGCCCUGGGGUCCUUCUCCCUGAGCCAAAACACUGCCCUUGGCGGUCCCUGAAGAAGGAGUCUCCCAAGAUCUCCCAACAUUGGAGGGAGCCCAAGCCCAAGAAGAACUUGACAUACCACCAAUACAUGCCCCCAGAGCCGAGACAAGGGUCCAGGGCAGACCCCCAGGCUGAAGGGUCGGCCUUGGGUCCCCCUGGACCACCUCCAUGGGAAUGGACAAACUCACAGCAGCCACCUCCUAGGAUGAAGCUCAGUCCCCUCACUCCCUCCCCACCAGGAGUCCCCAGCCCCUCGCCCUCUCCACACAAGUUGGAACUUCAGACUCUCAAACUGGAGGAGCUGACGGUCUCAGAGCUCCGGCAGCAGCUGCGCCUGCGGGGCCUGCCAGUGUCUGGGACCAAGUCGAUGCUCCUGGAGCGCAUGCGCGGCGGCGCCCCGCCCCGCGACCGGCCGAAGCCGCGGCGCGAGGACUGUCAGGCGGGUGCUCCCUGGCCUCGCUUCAGGCGCAAGGCUUUGGGAGCCGCUGGGAGGCCGGGCUCGUUGAAGCCGAGUCCAACAUCUCACUCGCUGCCCCCUCCACGUGCCGCGGAAACCCUUGUGACGGCUCCGGCUCCUGCUCCGGCUCCGGCUGCAUCGACGGCUCAGCCUCCAGCUCCAGCUCCAGCUCCAGCUCCAGCUCCAGUGCCGAUCCCUUCUUCAGCAGCAGCCUCGACAGCCCUGACACUGGAGGAGGAGCUGCAGGAAGCGAUCCGCAGAGCGCAGUUGCUUCCGAACCGGGGCAUCAAUGACAUCCUGGAGGAUCAGGUGGAGCCUGAGGACAUGCUGCCCCCCAUCCCCCUGGACUUCCCCGGCUCCUUCGACUUGCUGUCCCCCUCCCCGGACUCUGAAGGCCUCUCAUCUGUCUUCUCUUCCUCGCUCCCAUCCCCCACGAACUCCCCGUCCCCCUCUCCCAGGGGCCCCACCGACUCCUUGGAUUGGCUGGAGGCUCUGAGUGGGGGUCCCCCACUGGGCUGUGGCCCCCCAGCCCCCAGCAUUUUCUCUGCUGACUUAUCUGAUUCCAGUGGCACCAGGCUGUGGGACCUGCUGGAGGAUCCAUGGUGAUGGAUUGUGGGGUUUCCAGGGACUGUGAACUGGUGGGGAUGGAGAGGCCACAGAGAUAGACUCCCUGAGGGAGGGGUUGGAACAACCAGCAGAAUCCCUCCCACCACAGACAAAAUCAGAGACAACGCUCAUGCCCAGCUGGCCCCUGCACUGCUGCUGACAUGCCAACCUCCUGGCUUCCGCCUGACCUCCAUAUGAUCCCCUCCAUGGUUGUGUGGUUGGGGGCAAAGAGGUUUCAUUUGCUGCUGACCAGGGCAAAACAAGCUGCUUGCUGCUUCCCUCA